AUGGAUAAUUCGGGAUACUCAAGAUUAAAGGAACCUCCCAUUACCCCACCAUCUCGAGUUCAUACAGCUUAUCCACGUGAAAAACACCAGAAAGUGGAAUGCGCUCGUCAACCAAGUGAUCCUUUCCAAGAUCCGUCGCUGUCUCGACCUUCAUUUGCCGAGCAACGUUUCGAGCUUCCAUCAACGCUCUUGAGUCCAUUAAAGGCGCCAGUACCUUCGGAUCAAUUCAAAAACCCUUUCUUGAAUUUGCUUCCGAAUUCGCCUUUAAAUCCCCGUAGCAGCAGUUUUAGUCCGGAAGAAUGGAUUUCGAACUUGGUUGCCUUUAUGGGACAGGAUCCGAGACGAUAUCCUAGGAGAAGUGCUGGAUUUUCUUUUGAAAACCUUAGUGUGUAUAGUUUCAGAAAACCAACUGACUAUCAGAAAAAUGUCGCAAAUAUUGUGUUUGAAAUCGGUGCUUUGGCUCGAUGGUUAGUUGGGUCUGGAAAACAAAAGGUUCAGAUAUUAAAAGGUUUUGAUGGCUUGAUUGAGCAUGGAGAAAUGCUAUUACUUCUUGGAAGGCCGGGUAGUGGGGUUUCUUCUUUACUGAAAACAAUCUCUGGGGAUACUCGUGGACUGUUUAUUGAGCCAGACUCGGAUAUCAAUUACCAAGGAGUCUCUAUGACUGAGAUGCAUCAGCGAUUCCGAGGUGAGACCAUUUAUUUGGCUGAGUCAGAUAGUCAUUUUCCAAAUUUGACUGUUGGUGAGACUUUACUUUUUGCAGCCAAGGCUCGAGCACCGCCUGAUUUUACUUUUCCUGGAGUAACUCGACAAGUAUAUGCGGAACAUAUGAGGGAUGUUAUGAUGGCAACUCUAGGUCUUAUUCAUGUUGAGAAAGUAUUGGUAGGAAAUGAUUCUGCCAAAGGUAUCACUGAGCAUGAGAGAAAGAGGGUGAGCAUUGCAGAAGCAGCAUUGAGUGGAUGUACGCUACAAUGUUGGGAGAACAGCACUAGGGGUCUGGAUAAUUCUUAUACACUUGAUUUUUGUAAGAUGGUUCGACUUUCAACGACACUUGGGAGAACAACUGCAUGCAUUGCAUUAUAUCAACCUCUUCAGAGUGCUUAUGAAGUAAGCUUUGGCUGAGAAUCUAAGGAGAGCACUGCUAACAACAAAUCCAUAGCUAUUUGAUAAAGUUACAGUACAUGACUUUCCAGGUAUUUCUCGUAGGAUACUAUUAACGAGCAUCACAGGUGCUAUACGAGGGACGGCAAAUAUACUUUGGUUCUUGUGGCGAAGCUAAAGCGUUUUUCAUCGAGAUGGGUUUCAUUUGUCCUCCACAUCAGACUACUCCGGAUUUCUUGACGUCCCUCACAAGUCCAGAUGAAAGAACAAUCCAGUACUAAACAUUGAAUUCCCUCCCCAUGAAUUUCCGCUGACCGUCAUUGAGACCAGGUUUUGAAUUUCGAGUACCACGGACACCCGAAGAAUUUGUUAUGGUUUGGAAAACAAGUCGCCAUUAUGCAAGACUUAUACAAGAACUGGAAGCGUAUGAAAACGAGUACCCAUUUGAUGGAACCCAUGCUCUUGAUUUUGCAGCUGCACGACGAUCUCAGCAAGCAAAAUAUCUGUUCGUCUGCUUUCUUCAAUGAAAUGUCAAUUUGGCUAAUCGUGUUUCAGACGGAUUAAAUCAGCGUACAUGCUCUGCCCAAGACAACAAGUGAUCUUGUGUAUUGGUAGAGGGUUCCAGAGGUUACGUAACGAUAUUAACUCCACGAUAAUUGGUCUUGUAACAUAUACUUUGAUGGCUAUAAUCAUGGGUAUUGCCUUCUACAAUCUACCUGCCGAUACCACUAGUAUCAAUAGUAGAAGUACAUUGCUGUUUGUCACAAUACUAUUCAAUGCUACUACAGGCUCGUUUGAGGUAACUGCAAGAAUGUCCCCAGAUCUACUGAACUAGCUGACACUACUCUAGUUUCUCCAGUUCAUUGGCCAUCUUUCCGUUAUAGAUAAACAAGCAAGAUAUGCGUUUGUUCAUCCGUUCGCGGAAGCGUUUUCUUCCAUAAUAUGCAGCGUGCCAGGCAACCUUUGCAGCACGUUGUUGUUCAAUGCUAUUCUCUAUUUCAUGACAAAUUUAAGAAGAACAUCAACGGCCUUUUUCACAUUCAUUGCCUUCUCCUUUGUUAUCAAUAUGACACUUUCUAUCGCGUUUAAAACCAUCGGGACUUGUUAUCGAUCUCAUGCUCAAGCUGUUUGUACAACCGCCAUUAUUGUUCUAAUUUUCAUGAUGUAUGCAGGAUUCGUCAUACCGCCGAUUUAUAUAGUUUCAUGGUUCCAGUGGAUUGCUUAUAUUAAUCCUGUCGCGUACGCAUACGAAAGUCUGAUAAUCAACGAAUUUUCUGGGCGCAUAUUUCCAUGUGCGAAUCUCGUCCCGACUGGACCAUCUUAUAUUGGCACAAGUUCUCACAAUCGAGUUUGUUCCGUUGUUGGGUCUAUCGCGGGCUUUGAGGAUGUAUUGGGGACUAUCUAUCUUGAGCUUAGAUUUGGGUUUCAACCUAAUCAUCUAUGGCGGUAUGUAACAAACCCAAACACUUCCGAUAUUCGAUAUCAGGAAGUUCGGAAUGCUUUUAGUUUUAAGCUAAUGUACUCAGAAACAUGAGCAUUUUAUUCGCUUUCAUGGCACUUUUUAUGGCUGCAUACUUAGCCACUACAAGUCGUAUAUCAAGGGAAAAAUUGAAUGGAGAAAUUCUGUUGUUCCAACGAGGACACAAGCCACAACCCAAGAGGCAAAGACAUCUUGAAAUAUACUCCGGGGGGGAUAUCCAUAGGUAUGGGAACGGCGAUCCGAUAAGCAAAUUACACAGGCAAACAUCAACUUUUCAAUGGAAGGGCAUUUCCCUCGAUAUCAAAACAGUAGAUGGUACACGUCGGAUUCUGGAUCAUGUUGAUGGUUGGGUGAAACCAGGAACUUUGACCGCCCUUAUGGUAUGUUUGAGAGGCUGGUUUUUAUACUCAUGCUGAUAGGAGUAACUUAUAGGGACCAUCUGGGGCAGGUAAAACAUCGUUACUAGAUGUUCUUGCGUCUAGGAGCAGUAUUGGUAUUGUUUCUGGGGAAUCUUUUGUUGAUGGCUGCAUAAAGGAUAUAUCCUUCCAACGCAAAGUUGGAUAUGUCCAACAACAUGACUUUCAUCUUCCAUCAAUGACAGUGCGUGAAGCACUACAAUUUAGUGCCAUCAUGCGUCAGUCAAGUAAGAGUACCAAGAAGGAGAAGCUUGCUUAUGUGGAAGAAGUGAUUAAGCUGUUGGAAAUGGAUGCGUAUGCAGAUGCAAUUGUAGGGGUACCUGGCGAAGGUUUGUAAAUCUAGAUCAGAUUUAUGUGACAACACUAAUAGCUAAUGAGAAUGCAGGGCUGAACAUCGAGCAACGAAAGAAAUUGACUAUAGGUAUUGAGCUUGCUGCUAAACCAAAACUUCUACUUUUCUUGGAUGAGCCUACUUUUGGUCUUGACAGUAGCACGUCGUGGGAAAUAGUUGAGCUCUUGAAAAAGAUUACAGCUCAUGGUCAAGCGGUUUUGUGUACAAUCCAUCAACCCUGUAUGGCUUUGUUUCAACGCUUCGAUCGUUUGCUCUUUCUUGCUCCUGGGGGUCGGCCAAUAUACUUUGGUAGGAUUGGUGAAAAUUGCGAAACUGUCAAGAAGUAUUUUGAAGCCAAUGGAGCUCGCCCUUGUCCUGCGAAUGAAAAUGUGGCUGAAUGGAUCAUGCAGUAAGUUUUUCAACCCAUAUAUGAACUACAGUUAACGUGAAAAAGAACUACUGGUUGUACGUCUGGCUCACAGAGUUCUGUCAACUGGCCCGAGGUGUGGAAAAACAGUCACGAACUAGUGCUUGUUCAUCGAAAAUUGGAUCAUGAAAGAAAGGCAUUAGUUGCGAGAUCCAGCUUUUUCCUGACAGGAACCAAGAAACCGCCUCAUCGCAAAGAGUACGCUAUACCAUUUGUAGCGCAAGUCUGGCAAUGUUUUCGAAGAAUAAAUUUACAUUAUUGGCGCACACCUUCCUAUAUUUACUCGAAAAUCGGAUUAUCCCUUUUUUAUGUUCGGUUACUCCCCCCGAUUACCAUCAUCACUCCAAAACUAAUCAUUGUUUAUAGGCUCUGACUCUGGGACUUUCGUUCUUUAAGGAUUCGGAGUCUUUGCAAAAUCUGGAAACCCAAAAUUUUGGCGUAUUCAUGCUUUUGUGAGCGGAUCAUCUGGGUUUCACGUAAAACUCUGUUAAUUGUUUUGUAGGACGUUGGCAUCCAGUUUCGUUCCGCAACUUUUACCGAACUUCUUGGUGCAACGAGCUUUGUUCGAAACACGUGAAAGUCCUGCAAGAAUGUAUUCAUGGCCAGCUUUCAUUAUCAGCAAUAUACUUGUUGAAAUAUCAUGGAAUACUUUUCUGGCGAUAAUCAUAUUUCUGAGCUGGUAUUACCCCGUGGGCAUGUAUCGCAAUGCGCUAAUAACGAAAUCGAUGCUUGAAAGAAAUGGAGUCAUGCUUCUCCUGAUAUGGGUAUAUCUUAUAUAUGCAACUACCUUCGGAUAUAUGGUACAGGUUAGUCUUGAGCUUACAGAGAUGGCCGGGGAUUUAUCAAAUGCUGCAUUUUUUUUGUCAUUGUUGUUCUGCGGGUAAGUAUUAUGGCUUGACUAUUUCCAUACAAGAUAACAGCUAACUGAUGUCUUCAGCAUAAUCUCAGUACCUACAGCAUUACCUCAAGUAUGGGACAUCGUGCGACGUCUAUCUCCGUUUACUUAUCUAGUCGAUGGCAUGCUCUCUGUUGGCCUUGCGAAUGUUCCUGUUAAGUGUUCCCAAAAUGAGUUUCUUCAUUUCGAGCCAGUGACUGGAAGUAGCUGCGGCUCCUACAUGGCUAGCUAUUUAUAUCAAGCUGGAGGAUACCUUACCAACCCCUCCGCAAAGAGUAGAUGUGUUUAUUGUCCUUUGAAGGAUUCGAAUGAAUUCCUGGCUAGUGCGGGUAUGAGCUAUACGAAUCGGUGGCGUAACUUCUGUAUUAUGUGGGCUUAUGUGGGUUUUAAUGUCUUGAUGACUUUAUUUAUAUAUUGGCUGGUUAGAGUCCCGAAGAGUAGAGUCCCGAAGAGUUGGAACGGCAGACCGAAGGGAGAUGUGGAGUGUUCAUCUGGUUCGAAAGAUAAGCAUACCAGUGAGCCAAGUGGAGUUAGUCAUUCGGAAAGAAGUUUUAUAAAAGUUAGCGGUUAUAAAGAGGAUAGUCCUCAGUCAAGGAAGUGUGGUCGGUCUGAGGAAAUAGAGCUUGUUCCGAUGUAAGUUGAAGGGGGUUUUACAAUUGCGGCAUGAGAAAGGAGGGGCAGUCUGAUAUAUGACAUUGAUUGGCAUGGCGGUACUUUUUAUUGGCUUUUAGAUAGAUAUAUGGAUUUAGAAAAAGUGAGAAUGUAAUCUUACUAUAAUACUGCGUAGAUGAUGAGACUUUUGGAUUAAUUUAACAAGUCACUUGGUGA